CCGCUGGUGGCUCAAGCCGGGGGCGCGUGCGCCUGGGAGCGCGCCGCGCAGUCUCGAGAGCGUUUUUUGCACCCCGGGGCGGACAGCCCAGGCCCCCGCCAGCCGAUCCCCCCACUCAGUCCUGGGGGCACCCUGGGCUGCCAGGGGCACUGCUGGCGGCGCCCGCGCCAUGAGCCCCGUCCCCGCGCGGAUGCGGGCCCCCGCCCGCGCGGCGGCCGCCGGGGUGGUCGCCGGUGCGGCGCUCCUCGCCAGGGGGGCCUUCUGCGCCCCCGCCGCGGGCCAGAGCCAGGCGGCGGCGGCGCCGCGCGGCGCGGGCGAUCCGGCGUGGCGCGCGCCUCCGGGGAGCCGCCCGAGCUGAAGUCGGACCGGGAGGUGGACUACUCAAAGCUGAAGGACCUCCUCUCCUCAAGCGAUUUUCGGGGCGCCGACCAAGAGACACGCGAUCUGCUCAUUCAGCUGGGGGGCCCAGCGGCGGUGAAGCGCGGAUGGGUGUACUUCAUCGAGGUUCGGACAAUGCCCGUGGCUGAUCUGCAGACCAUAGACAGCCUGUGGCAGCACUACAGUAAAGGCAAGUUCGGUUUCGCAUCCCAGCGCAAGAUCUGGCGCCAGUGCCGGGAGCAGUUCGACAAGUUCGCAUUGGAAGUAUCUUGGUUCACGGACAAGUGGAAGAAUCGGAAUUGGCCAGACGAUUUCAUCUACAGCGUCGACGCCCCAUCGGGACAUUUGCCGCUCACAAAUUGUAUCCGCGGGGCGCAGGUGUUGCAGGAAUUGCUUGCGCACCCUGCGUUUGAGAAGAAGAAGAUAAUCUCUUCUACGCCAAGCGACAGUGGACCGAGGAAGUCUGGACUCUCGCUGCUGUAG